AUGCUGUCGCCGCUGCCUCGAACGCCGGGGAUCCGCCGCCUCUCUGCCUCGUACGGCGACGACGGCGACGACGCCCCGCCCGAAGACCGGCGCGCCGUCAAUGGCUCGCGCGAAGAAGCCCAGGCGUGCUGGCUCUUUGCUCUCGUCGGCGUGGGCUACCUCUUUCCCUUCUCCGCGCUCACGCAGCCCGUGGACUACUGGACACUGCUCUUUCCCGACUAUAACAUUGAGUUCGCCCUCACGUGCACCUUUAUGGGUACAAACCUGCUCGUUCUCGGCGCGAUCGUCGUCUUGUUGCAUCGCCCGCAGUACACACGACGCAUUGUCGGCGGCUUCAUGGGCCAACUACUCGUCUUGACGUUCGUGCCGACGUCGUCUUUCUUCCUCUCGUCCGAAAACGCCAACGCCGUUGCUGUUCUCAGUGCCACAGCCGUCGCGUCCAUCGCGACGGCGUUCAUUGACAGCUCGACGAUUGCGCUCGUGUCGCACUAUCCCCGACGAGUGCAGGAGAGUUUUCAGUUAGGUGUUGGUCUUAGCACGCUCAUCGGGAGUCUUUAUCGAGACGUGACGAAACUCAUCUUUUCAGCUGAUCAACUGCUGCUCUCGUCGCUCAUUUACUUUUACGCUGGAGCACUCACCAUCGCGCUCUGUAUCGGGGCCUUCUACAUGGUUAUGAAGCUCGAGAUCUCGCACAAGUUCCUGCUGCGCAAGUCGGACACUGGUGUGGAGCUCACGGACCGGUCGCCGCUCCUGAAGAACAAGCGGCAGUCAGGUGGUAGUGACCCGCUUCAUUUCCCUGGACUCGCACUGACGAGGUGGACUGUUCUGAAGAAGGUGUGGCACUUGGAAAUGCUGAUACUGGUGGUUUUCCUUGCCAGUUUGUCAGUCUGGCCGCCGCUCAUCACCGAGAUCAAGACGUAUAGUUUCCCGUCGCUUCAGAAGAGUGGAUGGUGGUCGCUGAUCCUGCUCACGUCCUUCUCGAUCAGCGACUGCGCUGGGCGUUUCAUUGUAAAUCAUCGCUUCGGUCUCACGCCGAGCAACGUGUGGAUUCCGAUCAUGGGGCGUUUUGUCCUCGUCCCGAUCAUUGUUGGCAUCGUCAAGGAGUGGUGGCUCCAGAGCGACUUGUGGUCUCUACUCAGUGUGUCGGCCCUCGGAGUCGGAAACGGUUAUUUGGGCACAUUGACGAUCAUCUUCGUGAGCGAGAGUGUCCACGCUGACGAGCAGCACCUGAUCGGUCCCUUUACGAGCUUCUUUCUGAACUCUGGUCUUGUACUGGGAUCGAUGGUGGGUCUCAUCCUGGAAAGAGUCGUGCUACGAUAA